AUGUCAAAUUUCUCCAACGUAACAGGUCUUCGCUACCGCGUCAAGCUGAUGCUCGAUAGAGCACAACACGGUACAGAACAGCCCCUUUCUCACUAUGCAUUCCUCACGUUCACACUUCCGCAUCGGCAUAGCUUCUCGACGGAAAACAUUCAAUGCUUGGAUUGA